AUGGAAAAUACAGAUAAAAAAAAGGCAAACGGAAACAAAGGGAAAAAGAAGGCAAAUGAUAUUAAAGAGAGGAUAUUAAGCGGUCGAUCGGUUUUAUGCUUUGAUGAAGAAAUUGAAUUCGACAAAUGCUGCCCAAUCAGCGCAGAUAAUGCUAAGGAUACCACAGGAAAGAAGAAAAAAAAAUCAGGUCACGAAAAAGAGAAUAAUGGUUCGUUAGACAAUGAAGAAGUAGAGACAAAAAAGAAAGCCUCCAAAAAAGCAGAUAAAGGUAGAGCUGAUGAGUCAAAUAAAAUUAAAAAGGACAAAAAAAAAACAAAAAAAAAGAAUCGAACAGAAAAUAUAAACGCAAAUGAUUGUAAGGACAAUGAUUAUGGUGAUAAUGACAAUGAUGAUGAUGAAAAUAACAUUUAUAAAAACAAACAAGGAAAUAUUGAUAAAGAAAAUCCAUCAAUUUUAAGCAAAAAUGACAUGUUUAACGAGAUAGACGGCUCAACAAACAGCUCAGCUAGCCCCAGAAUACAUAGAGAUAAUAAUAACGAUUUAAAAAAAAAAAGUUCAUCAAAAUUUAUAAAAUUAAAAAGCAGUAAUAAUGAAACCUUGAAUGAAGAAAAUAAUGAACAACUAAAUAAAUGGAUCGAAUCUUUGCCAAAUAUAAAUACGGAAAUUAACAGCAUUUUGAAUAAUCACUUACCAUGCUAUAAUAUUCUUAACAGUAUUAAAAGAAUUAACAAAAUAAAAAGCAUUGUUUAUAAUGAAAAUGAAAAUGAUGAAAUGUUGAAAACAAUUGAAAAAUCCAAUCUCAUGUUUAAUUCUAUAAAACUUACAACUAAGGAAAUGUAUAUUAUCAGAUUUUUGUGCGAAGGAUCAUCUUGUACAUUAUCCGAGUUGGUUGAUUUACUGUUUUAUGUUCUAAACAACGACGAAUUAAUAUGUGAUAAUUUCCCUAUAAACGUCGCACAUAUUUUUAGUAAAAACAUAGGGAAGUCCAAUUUUAUGCUAAAUGAAAAUCAAGCUGAAAUGCAACAAGAAAGAGUAGACAAUGGCGGAGAAAAUAGCAUAGUGAUCAGUAGUAAUAACGAAAAUGAAUGCAAUCUAUCGAUGGAUAAUUUUUCCGACGAAGAGAACCUCUCUGACGAUGCAGAAAAGGAGAGUUAUAAUAUCCACAUUAGUAGGGAAGAUCUAUUGGCUAGCAUACCCAUUUUAUUGAGCAGAAAGAGUUUAGGAGAUAAUAUGAAAAAAGUCAAUAUCAGUAAGAACGAAAAUAAUGAGAAGGAAUGCCUAUGGGUUUGGGAAAAUGACAAUUACGAUAUAUUUCCUUCGUAUUAUAGAGAAGUGUUUAAAUACUUUAAAGAAUUUAGAAGCAUUUUAAGCAAAAUAUAUAAAACAUUAAUAAAAUUAAAAAAUUCAAUUAUAAGCAAAGAACUACAAAAUAUUAUCAAAAUACAUGAUUAUUUAAAUGAAUUGAAAAAGAAACAAUAUUUAGAAUCUGAAAAAAGGUGCAAAAAAAUCAUAGCUGAAAAAAAAAAAAUUAUCAAAAAAAAAAUGGACAUAAAAAAACAAGAAGAAAAAAAAAAAAAAAUGGAAGAUGCGAAAUGUUUAGAAGAAAAAAAAGUUUUAUCCAUUACCAAGUUAGAAACCACUGUAGUGCAGAACAAAGUCGAAGAAAAAAAACCAAAACAACAAAAUCUUAUACUCUCAUGGUUGACAAUGAAAAAAAAUCAAGUAGUAAAUCAUCCAAAGUCGAGUGAAAACUCUGAUUACAUCAUUAAAUAUCCAAUUGCCAACGUUCUUAAUUAUAACGAAACUAUGCGGGAAACUUUGCAAGAAGCCCAAAACCAACUACCAAUAUUUACAUGCAAUAGAAGAGGUGCCAAAGUUUCGAAUUGUAUAUUUCAAGGCAGUUCGGAUUAUGACAAAGAAAAACUCCUCAUGGAUUACGAGAAAUUAUGUGUAAAUCAUAAGAAGUCAGUUGUGGACUACUUUAAAGUAUACGUGGACAAUAAAGAGUUUUUUGAAGAAAUUCCAUCGGUUGAUAGCAUUGAUGGAAAUAAACUAAUCACACAAAACGAAAAGGGAGUGAGAUCCAAGCUUUGGGAAGACAAUGAAUUUUACUUGAAGUUAAAAGAUUCAGACUACAUCAGAAGCUUUUUUUUUUAUGACAAUACGUGGACGAGACCAUACAUGUCCCUUCUAGUGCAUAAAGUUUUAGAUGAUAAUAUUAACGUCCUCCCCUUUUAUUAUCACGAUGAUAUGGAAUACGAAAAUGAUACAAAUGAGGACUACUACGAAAAAUUUGAGACAAUUGACCUCACGACAGAGAAUGAGGAAAAUGAAACGGAAAGUGACGGUAGCUCACAAGAUAUGUUUAUCGUUCCAGAUAAUGAAAUAAAUAAGGAUAUUGAUAUAACGCCAAUAACAAUACCAACUAGUCAAGACAUUCAUUUCUUCUCUUUGUUUAAUUGGGAGUGGACAUUUGAAGGGAAUCCCAAGCGGAAUUACAAUAUAAUUGAUAAAAACACAUGGAAAGAGUUCAAUCUGAUAUAUAAAGAGAAUAUUUACGGAUGUCAGUAUAUGUCUUGGGGGAAAGAUAAUGAUCCUUUUAUAUAUCUAGCUGAAAGGAAUAGUGCAAAAAAUACUUUGGACAAAUAUGAUAUUAAGAAAUUAAUAAAGCAUUCUCAUGGAAAAGUAACGAAGAAGGAUGUUCUCGUGGAUCAGUUUAAACUUAAAAAUGAACACCUCACGAAAGCUGAUACCGAACGGAAGUUCAAGACCUAUUUGGUGUACAAAAAAUGUGAAGAUAACAGAAAGAAAUGGAUGGCCUCGGAAGAAGGAAUUAAAUUAUUUAAAAAUGAGCAAUUGUUGACUAAAAUUUAUGACAUCAGAAAAAGAAAACUAAACAUAAUAUCACGAAAAAUGGAAGAAAUAAAAAGACAAAAAAGGAUGGACAGAGAAAAUCUAAAAAAAGAAGAGAAAAUAAAAAAGAAAGAAAAAUCAAAUCAGGAAAAAGUAGCAAAUAAGGACAGUCUGAAAAAUGAAGAAAAUGUGAAGGAUUCCGAAAAAUUGAAAAAGGCGGAGACCUUGCCAAAGGAAACCACAAAUAUUAUACAAAAGUUAUCAUCAAGUAGUUCUUUGGCUGGUAGCAAGAAAGCAAAGAUGUGA